AUGUUCAAAUCAAUUAUUUUCGUGACGCUGUUCGUGGGAGUGUGCUACGCUGGUUUGAUCCACCAUCACGAGGAUGACGAUGUGUCGGAAACGGAGCAUCAUCACAACAUCGAGCAUAAGCAUGCGACAUCACACCAGAGCUUCAAGUUCCACCACUUCCAUGCCGUCCCGGUGUACGUAAAGAAGGAGGACCAGCAGUUCCUGAAGCAUCCGGUGGAAAUUUCGGGACUUAAGCAUAACCUUAAGAUCGUGCACCCUGAAACCGAACAGCACCACGGCCACGGACUUACGCUGGAGAACCAUAGCGAGUUCGAGAGCAAACUGCACGGUGGACACGGAUACGAUCUGGGCCAUGCCGGUUCGGAACACAUUGGCCAAGAGCACUACGGUGGCCACGAGUACGAACAGCACCAGUUCGGACACGAGCUGGACGAGCACGAAGAGUGA